AUGGAUGCCACAAUCCAUCAGGACCUAAUCGAAACGGCAAGAGAAGAUGAUGACAAAGUCCACUUCCCAACAGAAGACGACACCGAUGAAUCCCAUUACAUAUACAUCCUCAACACAAUCCUAAGCGGCACAGCUCGCCUCAACGUUCUCCUACCCUCUGCCACCAUUCUCGCAUUCACCAUUUUCGCUCCUCUCCUAACCAACGAUGGCAAAUGCGAAUCAUUGAACCGCUGGCUUAUGGGCUGUUUCUUGGCACUCUUGGCCGCCUCUUGCAUCUUCCUUUCAAUCACCGAUAGCUUUCGCACAGCCACUGGGAGGUUAUAUUAUGGCGUGGCGACAAUCGGUGGAAUAUGGACUUUUAAUGGAGUACAGAAGAAGCCGCUUCUGCCGUCCGAUUAUAGAAUGAGGUGGUCGGAUCUUUUUCAUUCGUCGCUUUCAUUGAUUGCUUUUCUAACUUUUGCAGCUUUGCACGUCGAUGUGGUGGACUGUUACUACCCGGCGUUGCCGAGAAAGGUUACAAACACUGUACCUCUGGUGGUUGGAUUUGUGAUAAGUGUUUUGUUUGUGAUGUUCCCUUCAAGGAGAAGGGGAAUUGGGUAUCCUUUCUUGCUGCAGAGAAGAGCUUUAUACAGCAGAUAUUGAAACUUCAUACACAUCUAUACAUGCGUGUGUGUAAUGACAACCAAAGUUUAUUCACUUGUUUUUAGGUACUGUGAAUGCAAUGACACUUAUGCUUGUCAAACACUCCCAACACAUGUCGAAUACACGUCUAAACACUUCUAAUUAUUCAUUUUAUAUAUUUUUUUAAAAUUAAAAUCAUUUUGUCCAAUUAGAAUAUGCACGUCCAUCAUAUAGACAUGUAUACAAAACACAAGUUGAAGGAUAAUAAUUUGAAAGACAAUGACCAAGAAAAUAAGUGUAACUAACAACAAUUAAUCUCUCCUUCGUACUUUUAAAUUUAAAGACUUUCAAAGCCUAGAGCUUCUAAUUUGUAUAUAUAUUGGAUGUGGGAAAUGAUUCUUACCAACUUGUUAUAAUAGAGCAUAAAUGUAUUUGUUACGGAAAAAAUUAAAUGUUAUUAUUUUAAUGUGUAUAUAUAUAAAAAAAAAUAUAUUUAUUAAUUAUUAUGUCCGCGUGUGCUGUGUCUUGAUUUUUUUUGAUAUACUCGUGUCCGUGUGUCCAUAUUGUCCAUAUCUGUGAUUACCAUAGAAACACUGGUUUAUGAAAAUCAACUGAAAAACUAAAACUACAAAUGAUAGAAGCUAUAUUAAUGGAGAAUUGAAUGUUUCCAACUAAAUCAUGAAUUUGAAUAUAUAGCAAAGCCAGAUAAACCAAUCAUCCCAACAAGAUUUCUAAGAACAGGCUAGACACAGCUAAGAAAAAGCAGAAGGGAUUUUUU